AUGGAAGAGUCAAGACUGGCUGUGGGAAUCGAUUUUGGAUCCAGCAAGACAGGUAUCAUACCCGCCAGAUUCUUCUUCCUUCCCGCCCGUCCAAAUGUGUUCGUCACUCACAUCUCCACUUACUACACAGUGAUUUCAUAUCAAGAGUCUAGCUCCGCUCACUUGAGUCCCUACCGUUUCUGUCUUCACGAAAGUCCUAUCAUCCCGUCGAAAAUUGCUUAUAUGUCGGAUGAGCUAUGCUGUAUUGGCAAAGCCGCCGAGAGGCGUUCGAACUGUAUCUACUGGCUAAAGCAUCUACUGCAUGAAUCAUGUAAAAUAGAUGACUCAGGUGAUACACCGAUCCAGGACCUUGUCCGGGGGGUACGGAACGGACUGCCUCAGAAGCAGCGAGACAAUCCCUACAUCCUGGUAGCCGACUUCCUCCGGGUGCUGUUACAUCACCUCAGGGCCGAGCUGGAAUGUAUCGUUAAUCUCAAAAACCUACCCCGAGUGUACACUUUUACCGUUCCGGCCACUUGGUCAGAGCACACCCGCAUGAUGAUGAAAAAAGCCAUUCAGCUGGCAGGCUUUGAACAUCGAAACGCAACAGUCUGCUUCACCACCGAGGCCGAGGCGGUUGCCAUGUAUGCAGCCACUGAAAGCGAUUUCAACAUGAGACUGUUCAGCGAGGAGCUGCUUUUGGUUGGCGGGCUGACCCAGUCCCCUGAACUCUCGGGCAUAAUUCGAAAUAUGGUUGAAACCGAGUUCGGUAUCACGGUCUACCUGCCAACAGAUGUGUAA